CAGCUCUUUUGACGUUAGGUACGUCAGAAUUGUCAACGUCAAACCGUCAAACGGUAAUGUUUACAUGGUGAAUUAUUGGAAGACUGCCGCACCUUUCCUGUUAGAAAAAUAAUACAGAUAUUUAUUUAUAAAAUCAAAAUAUAAUACUGAAAUUUCUAUUCUAAUUCGUCAUGCGACUAUAAAUCUAACACAAUUACCAAUAAUUAUGGCUGGUAACGAAAGGGUAUCUUUAAACGAUGCUUUAUCGAAUGUAGAAGUAUUAGACGAGCUCCCGCUACCUGACGAACAACCAUGUAUAGAAGCCCAACCGUGCUCCGUCGUUUAUCAGGCAAAUUUCGAUACAAACUUUGAGGAUAGAAAUGGGUUUGUAACUGGCAUAGCUAAAUACAUAGAAGAAGCUACAGUACAUGCUAGUUUGAAUGAACUGCUGGAUGAAGGCCAGGAACAUGCUGUUAUGCUUUAUACUUGGAGAUGUUGCUCUAGGGCUAUACCACAGCCUAAAUCUAAUGAGCAACCAAAUAGAGUGGAAAUAUAUGAAAAAACUGUGGAGGUUUUAGCACCUGAAGUUAACAAACUGUUAAACUUCAUGUAUUUCCAAAGAAAAGCUAUUGAAAGAUUUUCACAAGAAGUGAAACGUUUGUGUCAUACAGAAAAAAGAAAGGACUUUGUUUCAGAAGCAUAUUUAUUAACUUUAGGAAAGUUUAUAAACAUGUUUGCAGUAUUGGAUGAGUUAAAGAAUAUGAAAUCUAGUGUCAAAAAUGACUAUUCAACGUAUAGAAGGGCUGCACAAUUUCUAAAAGUGAUGUCAGAUUCUCAAACCCUCCAGGAAUCGCAGAACUUAUCCAUGUUUUUGGCCACACAGAACAAAAUCAGGGAUACAGUGAAGGAAAACUUGGAAAAAAUUACUGGUUACGAGGAAUUACUUGCGGACGUAGUUAAUAUCUGUGUCCACAUGUUCGAAACAAAAAUGUACCUGACACCCAGUGAGAAACACAUGUUGGUUAAAGUUAUGGGAUUCGGGCUCUUCUUGAUGGACAGCGAAUUGUGCAAUAUUAAUAAGUUGGAUACGAAAAAAAAAUUGAGAUUGGAUAAGAUUGAUCGUAUCUUUAAGAAUUUAGAAGUAGUACCCUUAUUUGGUGAUAUGCAAAUUGCUCCUUUUAACUACAUCAAGAGAAGUAAACACUUCGACGCAAACAAAUGGCCUUUAUCUAACAGUAAUACUCCCUCCCCUCAAGCUGAUCUUAUGGUGCACCUUCCUCAAAUCCGUGAAGAUCACGUCAAGUAUAUCAGCGAAUUGUCUAGGUACAGCAAUGAAGUUACUACGACAUAUAAAGAGUGUGGUAGCGAUAGUGAAAAUAAGGAAACUGCUGAUUUGGCUUUGAGAGGUUUGCAGCUGUUGUCGGAAUGGACUAGCGUGGUCACAGAGUUGUAUUCUUGGAAGUUAUUGCAUCCUACUGACCAUCACCAGAAUAAAGAGUGUCCUAAAGAUGCGGAAGAAUAUGAAAGGGCAACAAGGUACAACUACACUGAGGAAGAAAAAUUCGCCUUAAUUGAAGUCAUAGCUAUGAUUAAAGGACUUCAAGUGUUGAUGGCUAGAAUGGAAACGGUGUUUACAGAUGCAAUAAGACGCAAUAUUUAUGCUGAAUUACAAGAUUUUGUCCAACUCACGCUUAGAGAACCUUUGCGAAAAGCAACCAAAAAUAAGAAAGAUUUAAUAAGAAGUAUUAUAAUGUCUGUAAGAGAAACUUGUGCUGACUGGCCCAGACAAUUUGAUCCUGUACAAGAUCCUGUUUUGAAAGGCAAAAAGGAUCCGGAUACAGGAUUUAAUAUCAAAGUACCGAGAAGGAAUGUUGGUCCUUCCUCCACGCAAUUAUAUAUGGUUAGAACAAUGCUGGAAUCUUUGAUUGCUGAUAAAUCCGGUGGCAAAAGAACAUUACGAAAAGACAUUGAUGGACAAUAUUUGAUGCAUAUCGAUGUGUUUCACAAGAAUUCCUUUUAUUGGAACUAUCUAUUAAGUUUUAGUGAAUAUUUGCAAAAAUGCUGUGAUCUAUCCCAGUUAUGGUACAGGGAGUUUUAUUUGGAAAUGACAAUGGGAAAAAGAAUAAAUAAAUGUACUGUACGUCACAACCACAAUGAGGAAUGUAACGAUUUAAUUACAAUGGAAAAGAGGAUCCAGUUUCCUAUUGAUAUGUCAAUGCCUUGGAUUCUAACAGAUCAUAUUCUAAAAACGAAGGAACCUUCUAUGAUGGAAUAUGUUUUGUAUCCAUUAGAUUUAUACAAUGAUAGUGCUUUAUACGCUUUAACUAUAUUUAGAAAACAAUUUUUGUAUGAUGAAGUAGAAGCCGAAGUGAAUCUAUGUUUUGACCAGUUUGUCUAUAAAUUGAGCGAACAAAUUUUUGCAUACUACAAGCAAUUAGCGGCUAGUAUAUUUCUGGAUAAAAGAUUUAGAGUCGAAUGUUCUGCCGUUGGUGCAUAUUUACUACCCUAUCCCAGGGCAAAUCGUUACGAGACUCUUCUAAAACAAAGACACGUUCAAUUAUUAGGUAGAUCUAUCGAUUUGAAUAAACUUAUCACCCAACGCAUUAAUGCUGAUAUGCAGAAAUCUCUGGAUUUAGCAAUAAGCAAAUUUGAAGGAGGUGAUAUCACUGGAGUUAUAGAAUUAGAUGGUUUGUUGCAGGUUAACAGGUUAUGUCAUAAGUUGUUGAGUAAAUUGUUAGCUCUUGACGAUUUCGAUUCGAUGUACCGUGAAGCUAAUCAUAAUGUUCUGGCUCCUUAUGGUCGCAUAACAUUACAUGUUUUCUGGGAAUUAAAUUACGAUUUUCUGCCAAAUUAUGUAUAUAAUGCAGCUACAAAUAGAUUCACCAAAUACAGGGGUAUAUCAUUUGGUGCUGCUGUAUCUAGAGAUAGAGCACCGCAAAUGUCUUAUCAUUAUAUGUGGGGCACUAAGCAACUUAAUUUAGCAUAUACAACUCAGUACUCACAAUAUUCAGGUUUUGUUGGUCCACAACACUUCCACACAAUGUGUCGACUUCUAGGCUAUCAGGGCAUCGCGGUAGUCAUGGAAGAAUUACUAAAAAUAGUCAAAAGUCUUAUACAAGGCAGUCUUCUUCAAUUCACCAAGACUCUGAUGGAAGCCAUGCCAAAAAUUUGUAAAUUACCACGAUACGACUAUGGUUCACCCGGUGUUCUUGGAUACUACCACGCCCAACUCAACGAUAUUGUCCAAUAUCCUGAUGCACGUACAGAACUGUUCCACAAUUUCAGAGAAUUUGGAAACAUCAUCUUAUUCUGUUUACUGAUGGAACAAGCGUUGUCUCAGGAAGAAGUCUGUGAUCUACUGCAAGCUGCACCAUUCCAAAAUAUUCUUCCAAGGCCUUUCUGCAAAGAGGGCGAGAAACUUGAGGCCAAACAAAAACGACUUGAAACCAAAUACCAAGCUCUGCAAAUAGUACCUAACAUUGAAAAAUUGGGAACUGCCAAACAAGCAAUGAUUUCUAGAGAAGGUGACUUACUGACUAGAGAACGACUGUGUUGCGGUCUAUCGAUUUUCGAAGUCGUUUUAAGCAGACUGAGAAGCUUUUUGGACGACCCGGUUUGGGUAGGACCGCCACCAACCAAUGGAGUUAUGAACGUAGAUGAGUGUACUGAGUUUCAUCGAUUAUGGUCAGCUUUACAAUUCGUCUACUGCAUUCCAGUUAGCGAAAAUGAAUACACAGUAGAGGAGAUGUUUGGAGAAGGAUUGCAUUGGGCUGGUUGUACCAUGAUUGUUCUUCUGGGACAACAAAGAAGAUUUGAGGCACUGGAUUUCUGCUAUCACAUCUUGAGGGUGCAACGAGUGGAUAUGAAGGAUGAAGUCGUUAAAAGAAUUAAUUUAAAACGGAUGGUGGACAGAAUCAGGAGAUUCCAAGUGUUGAAUUCCCAGAUAUUCGCCAUUCUCAACAAGUUCUUAAGGUCAGGUGAAAGCGACGAGUUAUCAGUGGAGCAUGUGCGAUGUUUCCCGCCACCAAUUCAUCACUCGAUAAAUCCCCAGCAACAUUAUCACGCGCCAGAACAUUUGCGGCAAUGUUAAUUUGUUUUUAAGGACUAAUUCAUUUAAAAUCCCGCCAGUUGUACUGGUGGUAGCCAAAUACCUAUUUUAGCCACAUUUUUUAACUACCCUGUGUAUAUUAGCAGGAAAACCGAAGAAUAAUGUUCACUCUUUCGUAAUCCAUUCCAACUUGACCUAAUUCCGUUUAGAGUUUAAAGUUAUUUUUUGAAAAAUGUAAGGUUACAAAAUAUCACCUUGUUUUAAACGUUCUACAGUAAUUUGUGAAAAUUAGAUUAUUAACUUAAAGCAAAGUUGAAUGGCUUAAGGAAAAAGUGAUAAAUUUUGUGAAUAGUUUAUUCGAUUAUCAUUCGUAUAAUGUAUGUUAAAAUUUUAAUUUGAAAUGAAUGGAGCAAUCGACAUUUUUAUAUAGACAUAAUGGAAUAACAAGCUUUCUUAUUUUGUAACUUUUUAUAAACUAUUUAUAAUUUAUAUACUCAUUAUGUAUUCUAUAGAUAACCUUUAUUGUGUUUUAGUUUAAUAAAAUAAUUUACAUACAAAAAAAA